AUGGAGUCUCUUAAGCACACCAGCGAGGGCGCCGCAGCCAGCCCAGCGUUGCACCGCAAAUGCCAACUUCGCCGCCGCUGGUGGAUUGCGAUUGGCAUUGCAGUUGCAAUAAUCGUGAUCCUCGUAAUUGUGCUCCCACUGGCGCUUAUCCUGCCCAACAAGGGAGACAAGGGGAAGCCAUCCAACGUGAUCUUCCCACUGUACAUCUAUCCAGAGUCCAAUAGCACCUGGGGUCCGCUCUACGAAGCGAUUUCCACCCACCGCGAUCUCGAUUUUGUGGUUGUCGUGAACCCACAAAGCGGGCCUGGGUCGACCACGCUCCCCGACGAGGCAUACCAGGCGGCAAUCCGACAGCUCAACACCUAUCCCAACGCGCAGAAAGUGGGAUACGUGCGCACGACCUACGCCGAUCGGAAUGUCUCCGAGGUGCUGGACGACAUUGCGACUUAUUCCGGCUGGCAGUCACAGGAUGCGGAUCUCGCGAUGGAAGGUAUUUUCUUCGAUGAAGCGCCACACCAAUUCUCCGAUGCAACGAGGGAUUACUUGGACCGCAUCAGCUCGGCGGUUAAGGAUGCAGCAGGGCUCCAGGGCGAACGAACGGUCAUCCUCAACCCAGGCACCAUCCCCGACAAGGGCCUUGUCGUACCCAACGCAGACAUCACCGUUGCCUUCGAGCAGUCAUACAACCAUUAUAAGACGAACCAGGAAUCCGCAUUAAAGUCGCUCGAUGAAGACAGAGACUCGCUGGCGUAUAUUUUCCACUCGGUGCCCGACAUGAGCGAGGGCGGGCUGAAGAGCUUCGUCGACGACAUCAGCCACCGCGCAGCAUAUCUCUACCUGACAUCGCGAACAGCCAACUAUUACGAGCACUUUGACUCUGGGCUACAGCAAUUCUGCGAUGCAGUGCCGACAAUCGAGACUGACCCCACGCUCGAGUUCCUGGUCAUCGUCAAUCCCAACAGUGGCCCUGGCGACAUCCCCUCCCCCGACGCCAACUACGCCCGGGAAGUCGGGCGGCUGAACGCCUACCCAAAUGUCUACACAAUAGGUUAUAUUCGGGUGGACUAUUGCCACCGGCCCCUCCAAGAAGUCAACGCCGAGGUAGCGCGAUAUGCCGCCUGGUCGGAGCACUAUGAAACAACAAGACUCGGCGUGCGCGGAAUCUUCGUCGACGAGACCCCGAACCUCCACUCGCUGGCGAGAGCCGAGUAUCUCAGUGCACUGACCCGGUAUAUCAAAGAGUCCUCAGGGAUUCUGUCGAAUAGAUUUGUACCUUUCCCUCCAACUCUGCCCGAUUUAUCCUUCGUCUGCGAGGAGUCUUACAGUCGGUACCGCUCCGCUGAUGUCCAAGAAUGGCUCGCGCUGCAUCCAUGCGACCGCACACGCGCCGGAUACAUCAUUAGCGGCGUCCCCAUGUCCGAACUCCACGGGCUCGUCCAGGAAUUGCGCCACCGGUCUGCGUACCUCUUCAUCACGGAGCUCGAGGAGAAUUUCUACGAGAGCUUUGGGCUGAGUUGGGAGGGCUUCAUGCGGGCGCUGCAGGCGGCGUGA